UCAUUGAACUCUAUUUGAAACCAUGGAAGGUCAACGAAGCAUUCGGGUUCAACGUCAAGAUUUACGAAGAAGCCUUCGACUUUUUAGAGCCUCUGCUCAGAAUGGAGCAACUGGACACUGGUAUCAAACCUACAGAAAUCAACGGAUGGAAUGGUUAUUAAAAUUUUUAACUAGCCUUUUGAACCCAAACAGUGAAAUGCCUAUGUCCAGAGCUCAAAGAACAUUGUUAAAAUAUGAUAAACCUAUAGAAUUCUUCGUAAACGUUGGAGACGGUCCGCGCAUAACCAUUGACUCCAGCUCGGGAUCUUUAGCAGGAUUUCCAAUAUUUUCAUUUCGAACUUCUAGUCUUCAUAUUGACAUACCAAUUCCAGACCCUGUUGAAUACGGAAGCAACGGGAAUUAUGUUUGGGAUGAAUUUGAAGGAAAUUCGGUCAAUGGACAUCAAGCUUUUGGAAACUCUAACACAAGUCAUGUAAAUAGUGAAUUAGCAUGGGAGAUAAAAGAAAGUAGAGCUGUCUUUAGAGGAUCUUCAUCUUGCUUUCAGCUUCACAAAAGUAACUGGUAUCUGUGCCCCAGGAUACCUUUGGCAAAGUUGAGUAUCUUAAAGCCAGAUCUGUUGGAUGCAGGCAUCACUUCCUGGAUUAAACUCUCUCCCAAUCUGACAAAUGAAGAAAUUGAAAGUAGCUUGGAGCUUGGCUUAAGGCAAACUAAGACUCAUCGAGAAGAAGCGAGAUACAAAUAUAUACUAGACGUUGACGGAGGUUUGGUAAGUUCGAUAGAACUGUCAAACGGUUCAGCGACGAACGUGGAGAGUGUUCCUGAUUGGGCUGGAGCAGACAGAGAAGCGCUUGUCUUUGAUACUUUCGAUAAUUUUGUGCCAGUUGAUGUUGCCCAUCUUCCAGGAAUUAUUUUCAAUGCUGUCAUUCGUCCUGACAUUGUUCACCGCGUGGUAGUGUGGCAAGCCGCUUGUAGGAGAAGAGGAAUUCAUAACACGAAGACUCGUGCAGAAGUUUCUGGUGGAGGUAGAAAGCCACGACCUCAAAAAGGUACUGGCAGAUCUCGACAAGGAAGUAUAAGAUCACCACUUUGGGUACACGGAGGUGUGGCUCACGGUCCUAAACCGAAAGAUUACUCUUAUCAGGAAGCCAGAAAACUUGUGGAGAAUGGCUUGCGUUCACUACUUACUUCUCGUUUGAUAGACGGUCGGUUGUGGAUAGUAAGAGACUGCGCUUUACCCUCCAGUGAUCCUGAUAUCCUUCACACACAUUUGAAGAAACACUGUUGGAAGUCCUUUGCAUUAGUUGAUGCGAGAAACGAUGACUUUGAUGGAGUUUCCGAUAACUUGGCUGAUGCCGCUUUUUUUGUGCCUGAAGCUAAAGUGUUGACUCUGGAGAAGAUGAAUGUUCACGAUAUCAUUCAACAAGAUCACUUAGUGAUCAGUAGACAGGCUCUAGAACAAAUGUUGGAUAGAAUUGAAUCAUUGACUUGUUUCUUGUUAUAUUGAAUCGAGAUUUCUUUCACGAAUAAGGCCUUGUUAGUAACAAGAAAUCCUUCAACGAGACAAUUUUUGCUCACUCUAGCCAGAAGUACCCUUAUGCAGCUUUGCUUCCAUUUAUUAGUUUUCUUUGUUUCGAAUGUUGACACGAUUGAACCGCUACUGCAGUCGAAAAUUUUGUCAAUAGCUUGAAGCAGGUUGAAUUUUUGCAACUGGAGAUUGUAAGCCGCUUGUUUGCAAAACGCAAAGACUUGUGUACAGCCUUUUUGUUCACUGACAAAGGUACAAGAAGUAUUAGUCAAAUUUUUCACAGACUGGCCUUCUCAACUAGGAUGCACUUUCUUAGUCACUGUUUAGACAGCAAUACAAAUAAAUAGCUACCUUUUAAGUGAUAUGUUUUAAAGCUUUAGUACGGGAGCUUCACAAGGCUUCAUUUUUCAUACAAAGAUCAUACAUAAGGAGAGUUUCUUUCUGGCACACAUACGAUCAAAACAGUGCUAUAGAGUUUACCGAAACACCAACUGACGCAAAUAAGAUUCAGAUAUAGGCUAGCUUCGCAAAGUUCUCUCCUUCCCAACUUGGAACACACUCUUGAAAAAGCACACUAUAUAAAUGAUUUUUGCAGGAGUCUGGACGUUGGCACUUUUCACCAAAAACCCAAUUACAAACGUACUGAAUAAAUACAAAUUUCUCAUU